GUAAUACCCUAAAUCCUAAUCACUAUUGCUAAUUUGAAAUCAAAGCGCCGCUGUACAUUGAUCCAUCCAAAUCUCCUAUCUGAAUUCUAAACCAUUGGCCCCUGCUGCUGCACAUACGGAUUACAAUAAUGGAUGGAAUUCAAAAUUUGGAGAAUACGGAUGAUGAUGUGCAAGUGGUGGAAUCGGUUAAUGCUCCGCCCUCUAAGAGCACUCCACAUCCAGGAGUAUGAUAAAGAAUUUCUACAACAAUCAGCUUGCACCGAUGAAUCUGAGCUUGAUUUGUAUUUGGAAGAUAAGACUACUUUAGAUGUCAUUGAUUAUUGGAAAUUGAGUGCUAAACGAUUUCCCCGGCUUGCAAUGAUGGCUUCUGAUAUCUUAAGUAUUCCAAUCACAACUGUGGCUUCAGAAUCAACAUUUAGCAUUGGUGGUCGCAUCUUGCACAAGUAUAGGAAUUGUUUGCUUCCCGAAAAUGUACAAGCACUCAUUUGCACUCGAAAUUGGUUGCAUGGUUUUGAAGUUGCUGCUGGACCUGGUGAUGAUUCUGAUGAGCAGGAUUCUGAAGAAAGUCGAUUGUCCAAGGAAGAUUCAAACAUUGUCGAUGUUGAAUCAUUGGAAUCUUGAUUCUUAAGUCUAUUUUGUAUUCUACUUUUAUUUUGUUUGGAUUUGUUGGUGACCUCUUAUCA